AUGGCAAAAUCUAUAUAUGAAUCUAUAUAUUUGACAUUUUCUGAAUGCAAAAAUGUUAUGGAUUACUUAAUUACACAAAAUGAUUUAUUCGUGAAUUCCUGUAAUAAUAUUAAAAGUAAAUAUUUAAAUGUAAUUAUUACUAAUUCCGAAGCAAUUUGUUGCCAAGCUAUGAAAUAUUUAUAUCAAAUAUAUAGUAAAACGUCCCAAUAUGAUGGAUUAAAUGAAGUCUUUUUUAAAUACUUCUUUUAUUGGUUAUAUAAGCACACACUAAAUGAGGAAAAAUAUACUGUAGCUCUAAAUGAUUUUUAUUCGGAAUUAAUAGAAAUAGCCCAUACUAAUCCUACUUUACAAAGUUAUUUAAAUACAGAAAAAAAAAAUUAUAUGUUUAGCAAUUUACAUAUAAUCAAAGAUAUAGAUGAUAUUAAGAAAGAGAUUGCUAAUAUAAAUGAAUUUGAUAAUGGAAUAUAUGAUGAUGAUAAGUACAAAUCUGUCAAAAAAUGUCAUGAUAUAUAUAAUAAUCUCAGAAGUACAUGUGGAUCAAACUGUAACUCUGAAUUAAACAGUGUAUUAGAACUCAUUAGAAAAGAUAUUUGUGAUGAAAAAUUAGUCAGUGGAUGUAACAUUAGUACAUCUAAAAUAUUACCCACAUUUCAAAAAUAUAAUUUAGUAAUUUGUACUUCAGUAACUCUUUUCACACCAUAUGGUUCAUAUUUGUAUGGUAAUUUAAAAAGGACAAGAAAUGCAUUUAAACAUACAUAUGAAAAAAAUGAUAUAAUGCAUCCAUAUGAACCAUGUGACGAUGAUUCAUGGAAUAGGAGAUAUAAUGUGUUAUAUAAUUCUUCUUAG